GGAGGCGGGCGCACGGGCAGGGGCCGGGCGCUGGUUGGGCGCGGGCGGAGGAGGCGGGCACGGCGGGGCGCGGGCGGCGAUGGCGGGCUCGGCGCUGUCGCGGGUGCCGGCCGUGCAGAUCGAUGGCGACGGUGUCUUCAAGUACGUGCUGGUGCGGGUGCGCGGGGCCGGCGCGCCCGCCAAGGACGUCGUGCGAGGCCACGGCUGGGCCGAGUACCACGCCGACUUGUUCGAGCGUACCGCGGAGGAGCUGGCGCGGCACGGCCUCAGCUGCGAGUGCCUGGGCGGCGGCCGCCUGUCCCACCGCCCCGAAGAGAGGAAGAUCCACGUCUACGGGUACUCGGUGGGCGUUCCUGCAGGAGUGUCAGGUACUGUAGGGGCCUUGUAAGGACGACUGGAGGCACCCCGGGGGACAUCACUGUCAUGGGCUUUGGACGAGCUGACCACGCCGUGACUACAGAGAAGCUGAAGGCAGAGUAUCCCGACUAUGAGAUCACCUGGGCAAAUGAAGGGUACUGACUCCUCUGUCUGUGGUGACAGGCCAGAACUGGCACAACUGUAUGCAGCACCAGGGUGGUGGCAGCAGGCUCCCCAUGCUUGGCCGUGCUCCAGGCUCUCCUGAUUUUCCUCUGUUGAACUCACCCGUUCUCCGCUAUCACCGGACUGUCCCCGUGCCAGGUGUUCUCACCUCCCUGGGAUGGCAAAACUGGUGAAGCCAGUGGUUGCUCUGCCUCAGCCUCCUGAUGCCAGGGGCUCAUCCACGUGUAUCUGUGAGAAUUAAAGUCGUUGGAGGAGCACAGCUGCUCUGGUAGCCA